AAAAUAUUUUGAAGGUUGAAGGAUCAAAGGAAAACUUCUUGAAGAAAAUUGAAAAUUAUUUGGUACACUUUUUCAGAAGAUUUCAAUAGUGUUGCAAUUAUUUCCAAAGAUAAUGAUGCCCGAGUCAUGAGGCAUACUUCAGGAUAAAUCACAUUGUCAAAUAGUUUGGCAAUUAAUUAUGUUAAGGUCAUUCAAUCAACAGAUAUCCGCGAUUACAAUAUUUUUCUAAUAAGCGUAGUACAAUAAAUAACAAGUUAUCACUGUUUAAAAUGACAUUGAUUGAAGGAAUAGGCGAUGAAGUUGUACAGUUUUUCGUAGGUUUAUUUUUCCUCUUAGUUGUAGUUCUAGCAUGGUGUACUACAAACACCACAAACGACGGAACAUUCAGGACAGUUUUCUUAUUAGAAAGGCGCAGACUAAGAGCUGUCAGAAGAUUGAUAACCCAUACUGAAUCGUCUACAAUUGUUGAAGGUACAACCGAAGAGAAUUUGGAAACAAAUCAAACUAGUACUGCAACAGAGGAGGAUAAGCCUACUAGUACUAGUACAGAUAGUAGAAGAAAUUCAGCUGGGGAAGAAACCAGGAUAGUAGAGACUAUGGAUGCUCCAAAUUCUUCAGUUAGCGAUGGUUUGAGGAAGAGAGUAAAUUUAAAUGUUAACAUAGGAGAUGAAUCAAAUAAUCCAUCUUCUAUCGAUGGUGAUUCUACAGUAGAUACAAACCGAAGUAAUGAUAGUAGAGAAGCUGCCGGAGAAUGUUUAGAGCCUGAGAUUAAAGCAGGUAGUAGUAGAGAAGUGGAAGAAAAUGAGAACAAGAUCCGUGUGAAAUUGAAAUAUGUAACUGAUGAGCUUCGUCAUGUAGAUGCUAACCUGAAAGAAAACAUAGGAGACUUUAAGAAGCGGCAUUUCCAAGUAGAAUUUGCGGCGAACAAGGUGGUCAAACUCAUAUUUAAUGGUCAGAUAAUGCAGAGAGACGGGGAUACUUUACAAUCUUACGGCCUGUUUGACAACUGCGUGGUUCACUGCGUCUUUCUGCCAAAAGCUAAUUCUCCCUCUCCGGGAGAAGGCUCCGGAUCUAGGGACAGCAAUUCAAGCCCUCACGGCACAGACUCCCAUUCUAACAACCACAACCAGCCGAAUGAGUGGCAUUUGGAAAAUUAUCUCUUAGCGAUACUAUGUUGGUUUUUGGGGGCUGCUUGGUACUUACGCUACGCCUAUUCUCAACUUUACACGGUAACAGCGACCAUAGGACUGAUCCUGAUGACGGGAAUAUUCACGAUAAUAAUGUUCGGAAUACACUUUCCAGAAAAUGAGGAACUGAACAAUCAACGUACAGAAAAUGCUAGAACGCAAUGAUACGAAUGAUUUUUAUUUUGUUGAUAUCCUUAAGGCUUGUGUAUUGAAUUAUAAUUUAAUUAUUGUUUUUUUAGGUUCAAAAGAGAAGAUAUAUUUUUCUUUAUUUGCUGUUGUUUUCACAAUUUGAGAAAUUUAUUAAAGAUUUUUUCAUUA